GAGACGCUGGGGCUGGUGUUCUCCGCAAAAGAGAAAAGGGGAUGGACCCUGAACAGCGCUGGUUACCUGCUCGGGCCACAUGCAGUAGACAACCACAGAUCGUUUAACGACAAGCAUGGUCUCACCGGUAAACGAGACAUACAGCCUGAGGAGGACAUUAAAGCAGGGAAUCUGGGAGAGCCACUGGCUGAUGAAAACAUUGUGCGCACAGUAAUUGAGUUUUUGACUUACUUGCGUCUCAAAGAGGUGGGAGCACUUGACAAACUACCUUCACCAGAGGAAAUAAACCAGUCUUGA